AUGUGUGCAUCGUUUAUCUGUUUGCGUAUAUACUCCUUCCUCACGCUCCUUCUCUUCCCCGUUUCUUUCUACCUCUCUCACCUCCCACUUGAUCCUCUUCAUCCCUCUCCCCCACAUUUUCUCUCUCUCGCUCCUCUCAUCUCCUCCUCUUUCUUUCUGACUCCCCUCUUGUUCCCUGCCUCCCCUCUUGCUCCCUCCCUCCCCUCCUCCUCCCUUCUUUUCCGCUUCCUCUUUCUCGCUCUUCUUCAUCUCCUCCUCUUGUUCCCUGCCUCUCCUCUUGCUCCCUGCCUCCCCUCUUGUUCCCUCCUUCCCCUCUGCCUCCCUUCUUUCCAUCUUUCUCCCCCCUCCUCCUCGUUCCCCUCCCUUUCUCCCACUCUUUCUCGCUCCCUCUUUUUCGCUCCUCCUCAUCUCCCCCACUUGCGCUCUCUCUCGCUCCCUUUCUCUCUGAAAAUGUAG